AUGCGACUGCUGACUGCUUCUUUUGUCUUGCAGCACAACCCCGAUUCCAAGCGAGGAGACUCUUUGCACCCCUGCUCAGCGAGAGGCAUCCUCAAUGUGCUUGCCCUGGUGGUGAUCGUGACAGGUCUAUUGGCUCUUUUUGCUGGUUACCCUAUCAUCGCGCAUUACACGAAGCACCCUGACAACACGUCUGGCUUCAACAUUGGCGGAACUAAUGGUUCAGGGCAGGUGCCAAAUGUUCCAAGCAUCUUGGGUCUCGUAGACAACGAUACACUUCCUGCAGACCGGGAGUGGACGAACGCCGAUGGUAUCAAGCAUCACUGUGUUUUUUCGGACGAGUUCAACACUCCAGGACGCACUUUCUGGCCUGGCGAUGAUCCCUACUGGACGGCGGUCGACAUUUGGUACGGAGCUACGGGCGAUUACGAAUGGUAUGCGCCUGAGCAGAUUAACACCACUGACGGACAUCUGCAAAUCACGAUGGAGGAUCGUCCCACUCACAAUCUCAACUUCCGAAGUGGAAUGCUUCAGUCCUGGAAUAAGUUCUGCUUUCAAGGUGGAUACAUUGAAUUCUCUGCCAUUUUGCCAGGCAGCCCGAACACUCAGGGCUGGUGGCCAGGUCUCUGGACCAUGGGCAACCUCGGUCGUCCCGGCUACCUUGGAACGACUGAUGUACGUAGUGUAACUUGGCCUUACAGUUAUCAAGGAUGUGAUAAUGGGAUCCGACCGAAUCAGAGUGAUAUUGCAAAUGGUACACCAGAUUCGGUUGUGACUUCUGUCAAGUAUGGCAAGACGGGUCUGAACUGGCUUCCAGGUAUGCGCCUUCCCUCAUGCACCUGCUCAGGCGAAGAUCACCCAGGUCCCAAUAACAACGUCGGUCGAUCUUCACCCGAAAUCGACGCGCUCGAAGCUCAGACGGCGGAGGGUGUGGGCGAGGCCUCGCAGUCGUUGCAGACCGCUCCAUUCGAUCUCGCCUACGAUUGGGAUCAAGACGUCGCGGUGCUUCACCCAGGAGGUGGGACGAAGAUCAACUCCUACACUGGCGGUGUGUACCAAGAGGCCGUCUCUGGUCUAUCGCCCAUCCCAAACAAGGCAUACGAGCUCGCCACCAACCCUACCUUUACGACCUUUGGUUUCGAGUACGUUCCCGACUAUGAUAACGACGGCAGCGGGUACAUCAGUUGGUACAUCGAUGGCAAGCAAACUUGGACAGUCACUGGCGCCUCGACACCGCCUCGUCCCAACAUCGGUAUCGGUCGCCGACCUAUCCCCACCGAGCCACUCUCCAUCAUCCUCAACUUGGGUAUCUCUGAAGGUUUCCAACACAUCGAGUUCGACACUCUCCAGUUCCCCGCUACCAUGAAGGUAGACUACGUUAGGGUGUACCAGCGCGAUGGUCAAGCCGACAAGACCACUUGCGAUCCCGCUGAUCAUCCAACUGCAGACUACAUCAACAGACAUGGGGACGUGUACAACAACCCCAACGUCACGCAGUGGAGAGACAAGUACAAUUGGCCCAAGAACAGGCUCAUCGACGGCUGCUGA